UGGAUUGUAUUUGCAUAUAUAACUCCUCCUCCUCCUCCUCCUCCGCCUCCUCCCCUCGGAUUGGCCGGGGCUCCGCCGGCAUGUGGAAACAUCCACAUCCAAACUUUCUCUGUUGAGGCAAAACUGUCCCGAGCAGCGGAGGAGGAGGAUGAAGUGAGCGAGAGUGAGUGAGUAAGAAGCAACGGGGCAGAGUGUAGCGUACAGGACCAUGUCUUAAUCAUAGGUUUAUGUAUAAAACUGUCUUCUGAGCGAGUAAUUAGAUAUUUAGUUUGACAGUUUUCCUUCGCUGGUUUUGGUUGUUUGUUUUGUGAGAAGAGACUGGGGAAGAACUGGAAUUCAUCGUCAUUUCAUCUGAUGUUUGAAACAAACAGACGUGAUCAUUUUUUUUCACUCUGUUUCAAAAAGAAAACAGUUUUACAGUCGUUUUAAGUUCGAAAUCAGAUUUUUUUUCCCCCCCUAAAAAAAUGUCAGCCUAGUCAGUAGACAGGAGAUUAUUAUUUUUGUUACUUCACAUCAUUAUGCUGCUCGCUCUGCUUCUGGUUCUGCGUCUUUGCUCUGAGGCUCGCUCCUUUGAGCCGUCAUCAAUCACCAUCCAGUACCGGGUUUGGGAGGAGCAGCUGGCGGGGACGCAGGUCGGCCGGCUGUUGGAUGACCUCCGGCAGAGGGACGAAGGUGGGCCCCUGGAGGAUUUCCAAGUGGUGGAACACGGGAAGGCCCUUCCCUUCUCCGUCAGCGCUCGAGACGGGGUCGUCUCCACCCAAGGCCGGCUGGACAGGGAGGAGCUGUGCAGGGGGUCCGACCUGUGCGAGGUGGCCUUCAGCGUCCUCUACAGGAAGAGCGGCGCCGUGAACUGCCUGCGGGUUCGUGUGGAGGUGAUGGACCUGAACGACCACGGCCCCAGCUUCCCCAGUCCUCUGCAGGAGGUGGAGAUCUCGGAGACGGCCAGCCUGAGAAUGCGGAUCCCUCUGGACCGGGCGGUUGAUCCCGACGCGGGGCCCAACAGCCUCCAGACCUACUCGCUGUCCGUCAACCAGCACUUCGCUCUGGAUGUGACGGUUGGUCCCGAUGGGUCAAAACAAGCAGAGCUGGUGAUCAUUAAAGAACUGGAUAGGGAGGUUCAAACCUCCUUCGACCUCACCCUGGUGGCGUGGGAUAAAGGGAACCCCCCCAAAUCUGGCAGCACAUUAGUCCGUGUUAACAUUCAGGACUCAAACGAUAACAGUCCGACGUUUGAGGACGGCACUCCCACCGUGGAGCUUCCAGAGGACACAGCCCGAGGGACAACCAUCAUCAACCUGAAGGCCACUGACCCGGACCAGGGUGCCAAUGGUGAAGUGGAGUAUUCGCUCAGUAAGCACACGCGACCGGAGGUUCAGAGGCUUUUCUACGUGGAUCCGCAAAGUGGAUCGGUGAGUCUCAGAGCACCGCUGGACUACGAGGCCCAGACCUCUUACGAAGUGAUUAUUCAGGCCCGUGAUCGUGGGCCCAACGCCAUCCCCUCGCACUGCAAACUGCACGUCAAGCUCAGAGAUGUCAACGACAACGCACCGAGGAUACACAUGACCUGGACUCCGCCCAACUCACCUGUGGCGACAGUGCUGGAGGGAGCGCCGGAGGACACUUUUCUCGCUCUGGUGAUGGUUUCUGAUGCAGAUUCGGGAGACAACGGCAAAGUGAGGGCACAUAUUCAAAAAGGAUCCGGCCCUUUCCGCCUCAAGCGCAUCCACGGUGACAAUUACAUGAUUGUGACCAACGGCAGCCUGGACCGAGAGAAGGUCAUGCAGUACAACAUCACGCUCCUUGCCCAGGAUUACGGAGAUCCUCCUCUGUCUUGUGUUAAACAACUGCCCGUCCAGGUCCUGGAUGAGAAUGACAACGCCCCAGUGUUCUCCACCUCCCUCUACAAGGCCUCCUUCAAGGAGAACAAUCUUGCAGGCUACCAUGCUCUCAAAGUUGAAGCCCAUGAUGUUGACCUGGAGCUCAGUGGAAGAGUUUCCUACUUCAUACACAACUCCAACGACCUGGAGAGUGACACACAAUCUUUCUCCAUCCACCCGACUAGUGGUGUCAUAAGCAUCCAGCGCCCUCUGGACUACGAGGAAUCCAACAACUACUCUUUUAUCGUGGAGGCCGUCGACCACGGUCACCCACCUCUCACCAGCACUGCGACUGUGCAGGUCGACAUCGAGGACAUGAACGACAACUACCCUGUCAUCAAGGAGCCAAAACCCAGAAAUGGUGUGGUGUCUUUGAGUGUACCCGUCAAUGCAGACAAGGGGGAGAUAGUGACCGAACUGGGUAACGGCAUGGAGGAGGCAACAACCGAUUUUACAGUUAAUAACUUUGUCAGAGAGGGACUUGUUGGAUUCCUUGCAUCCUCCAUAAAGGCUGAAGACCCCGACUCGGGGCUCAAUGGAGAAGUCCAGUACCUCAUCACUCAGGGGAACGACUACGGACUCUUCUGGUUGGACGAGGCUACAGGCCAGCUGUUUGUUAACACCACCAAUGCCACUGAGCUCAUUGGGAAAACCUAUAAGGUGGACGUAGCUGUCUCGGACAUGGGGACUCCCAGUCUGGUCACCAGAGUGACUCUGGAGGUGACUUUCAUCAACCUCAAGGACCAUCUGAAGAACUCGUCACCUGGUAACCGUGGACAGCUGAGUUUCACCAUGAUGAUAGCCAUCUGCCUUGGCGCUACAUGCCUGCUGCUUCUGUUGGCCAUCGCCCUGGUGACGACGUUCUGCCGCCCUGAGAAACGAGACAACCGCGCUUACAACUGCAGACAGGCAGAAUCGACCUACACCCGCCAUCCUCGGCGUCCGCAGAAGAACAUCAGAAAGUCUGACAUUCAGCUGAUUCCCGUCAUCCGGGGGCGGAAGGAGGAGCCUUCCGAGGACGACAGCGAAGCCCAGCCGCUGGCUCCGCCUCCUGUGAUGUCAGAGGAUCAACAAACAGAAAGGCAGUAUACAUUGACGCCAUCGGUCAUGAACACAAGCUUCCAUUCCCAAGGCUACCCAGAAGGGGAAGCCUCUCAACCUGUGGCCCACCACUGCAGAACCCUUCGGAAACCUGGAAACAUUGAACUCGAUGGCACUCUGCCUCUGACACCCGCCACCUCUUACCGGACGCUUCGGAAAUCCAGGAACACUUCGUCGACGUCUUCAGUCUCACAUUCGAGCACCUUAAAGCGCCCGGCUCACCGUGAAGGGGACGAGGCAGAGCCGCCAUGUUCGGGGUCCCAGGCGACUCUCAGGAGGCCGAAGACCUCGGAGGGGCAGGGGGCCCACGAUGCAGAGCACCGGCAGAUGCUGCGAAACCUGGUUCGGCUUUCCAUGGCUGCGUUCGGAGACUCCAUCGAGCUUUCCUCGGCCUCCCCGGAGGUGCAGCAGAUCUCCCAGCUCCUCUCCCUCCUCCGUCAGGGUCAACUGCAGCCCAGGACAAACUUCAGAGGGAACAAGUAUUCUCAUCGUAACGGCAGAUAUGGAGGUCAGGACUGUUCCGACUGGCAGAGCACCAAAGACAGUGGACACGGCGAAAGCGAAGCCGGAGACGUGGACUGGGAACCGGGGAGAGACUCACCCAUAGACCCCCAGCUGGAGGAGGGGCUCAACAACCUGCUCAACAACCCUGAUGACGUCUUCUCAGAGGUCGACGACCCCGCCUGGAUGGCCAGACUCUCCCUGCCGCUCACCGGCGAUUACCAUGACAACGUGUUUGUCCCCACUGGGCCUCCGUCCCCUGAAAGUGAGCUUCCUCCCCGGGACCGCCUGGACUCCUCGUCCUUCUCCACCUUCGGUAAAACCCCGGAGAAGGACGGCCCACUGGGCGGGGCCCUCCUGUCCGAGGUCAGCACGCUGUUUGAGAUGCUGAUGACCCAGAAGGCCGACGCCCACCCGGGGCCUCGACCGGACGUCCUGUACCGCCUCUCUGCGGCGUAUCGCCGCUCGCUGGGCCUGGACGCCGCGGGCGGCGGCGGCGGCGGCGUCUCACCUGCCGCGGGAAACGCUCCAAGGAGCUCUGGGAACACUGAGAAGCGGCCGGGCCUGAACGCACCGUCGGGACUUUACCAAUAGACGUAACGUCACCGCGCGAACUGAACACUGGAGACGACUGAGAGCUGAGAACGGACGCAGCUCACAACAGGAAGUGACUCGAACCGUUUCCGUGAAGCACGAUGGGAUUUCUUUUGAAGACGUUAACUAAUUGAAAUAACUGUAGUGAUUUAAAACACCCGCGACUCAUUUUAGUGUCGGACAGAAUUCCGUCUUUUCUCGCGCAGUUUUAGAAAGUUCUGACUCGCACAUCCGAAGCGUGGUCUCGAGUCGAUUCCCCAAACUCCCGCUUUUUUUGAGGACGGAGAGAGGAAGUCCUUCAGCAGAGGAGAGUCGAACGACAGACGGACGACAACUGCUAAACAGUUGUGAUGCGUUACAUUGCACCUCGGAAGGUCGUAAUUCCGAGUUCCAAGAUGGUAAUGGAACGAUCAACCCGAGGAACCGACUUCCGAGGUUCAAUGGAACGCAGGGUCACAUAUACGAAUUUCACCGGUCAAAGUUCACCACAGUUGAACUCCACGCCGCGGGAUGGCCUCCGCGCAGGAAGCCAAUGUUUCUAUUCGCCGCGGCCACGUUCGGAGGGAGCGGGGCGUAGGUGAACAGGGGGACGUGGGGAUCAGGUGACCAGGUAGUACAGACGACUGCUGGACGGGUGGAGAACGACGAGGGAGGGUGAGUGACAGCCGGGGGACGGGAUCAUCUGGAGGCGGUGGAGCAGAUGAGAGAGAGGGGACACCCGGAGGUGGAUUAGCGUCGGUGCAGGCUGGGACACGGAAGCUAGUGGAACAUUGUCUUCGAGAGAAAGAUUUAGUUUUUCUACCUCAUCACAUCACAAACUGGAGGAAGAUUAGAGCAGUGGGUCCCAGUUACUCUUUUCAUAUUUAAAUCUGCCCUGAAUGCCGUUAAAUGUGUGAAUUAAAACCAAAGACAACUGCAGGUUCAACGUUUCCAAAGUUAACUAACUUUAGUACGGUCAAAAUUUUUGAUUUGCAUUCAGCAGGAACACGUCUUCAAGCAUAAUACCAAUCUAAAAUCUAAAGUAUGUAACGUUUCCUGCAGUUAUGGAGAUAUAUUUUAACUUCGGACCGACGUAUGAGCACAGACCGAGCGACUGACGACACAUCGGCCUGACACAGAAUCGUGAAUCUAUGAACGCUCGAAAUUUGCCAAAGCGGCGAUCGACGAUCACCGAAUUUGAAUCGCAGAAGCGUCGUGACACUUCCAUCCGGGUUCGAUCCGCAGUAAAAGAAAAAGGAAAAGCAACGGAGCUCGGCGGAAAGACGCAGGAGUCUGUGGAGCCGGAACGGACACUCGGGACGGAUGUGGUUCCAGGAUAUAAACAGGUCGGAGCGGCCGAAACAAGACAAAACACAAAAACAGGAAAUGAAAGGAGGAAGUGAGCUGGAACUUCAAUAACAAGAUGAGUCGUGAAAUCUGAAAGCUGAAUAUAUAUAUAAAUAUAUAUAUAUUUACAUAUCGUGGCUUGACUGAAACUUUAUGGUGUGUGUUUGUGGAUCGCCUGUUCAUCGUGUGCAAGAAGUCUCCAGUCUUCUGCAUCUGUAGAAGGAAACGUCGCCGUGUCUCUUUUCUGCGUCUUUCCUCGCGACUGAACGACGACUACGACGAGCUGAUCGCAGCGUCGGCAUGAAGCAGCGUCCGUUGUCGGCGGAUGUGGGGGAAGUCGUCUCGGGACGGAUCACUGUUUGUUCGCAGCGUCUCUCUUAAGUUAUUGGUUUAACUUCCAUCCAACUUUGUCUUUAUUUGUAUUUUUUUUAACUGUAUUUUGUAAACCAGAAGAACAGCACUUUGUAUAUAGUCUUUUUGUAAAACUUUUGUUUUUUUGUAUCAGAAACGUUUUGAUGAAAGACAGAAUUGUCUUUCAUCAAGACUUUUUUCCAAUAAAAUAUAUUAAAGUUUAAACAAAAAAAGCA